UCUGUUUCUCGCGUUGAUUGUCUAAAACAAAGAAAAUCAGCUUUCUGAGAAUGGCAAAGGCAGAGAAAAAGCCAGCAGAGAAGAAGCCAGCGGAGGAGAAGAAGACCGCUGACAAGUCUCCGGCGCCUGCGGAGAAGAAGCCUAGAGCAGAGAAGAAGAUAGCGAAGGAAGGUGGUUCUGAUAAGAAAAGGAAGAAGUCGAAGAAAAGCGUGGAGACUUACAAGAUCUACAUCUUCAAGGUAUUGAAGCAGGUUCACCCUGAUAUAGGAAUCUCGAGCAAGGCGAUGGGGAUAAUGAACAGCUUCAUCAACGAUAUAUUUGAGAAGCUAGCUCAGGAAUCUUCUCGUUUGGCGCGCUACAACAAGAAGCCGACCAUCACCUCUAGGGAGAUCCAAACCGCAGUGAGACUGGUUCUUCCAGGAGAGCUGGCAAAGCACGCUGUUUCUGAGGGUACAAAGGCUGUUACCAAGUUCACGAGUUCUUAGGUUUUUCUUUUUAUGUAUUUGCUUGUUAGGGUUUUGGUAUUAGAAGUGCGAAUCCGAUGUUUCACGACACUUGUGAAGUGGGGACAUGCUAGCCUUUGUAAUUUUCUCUUUGUGAUGCAAAUGAAGCUCUAAAUUGUCAGUUCCCUCA